AUGGCUGGCGAUUUGUUGAAUGAUGGCAAAGGUUUGCUUGGUGUUAGCGUUGUUUUUUCUGUGCUUCAGAUCGUGCUUGUCGCUGCGAGGUUCUAUACUCGGCGUUUGCAACGCGAGCAUUUUGGUUGCGAUGACUGGGUCAUGCUCAUUGCCUUGGCUGGGAGUCUCGGAAAGGCAGUCAUCUUUAUCGUCCGUAAGUACAUCAAGUUCUACAUAACCCGACAAGAGAUUAAUACCAUGGCAGUGAUCGAAGUCGCCGGACUAGGCACUCCAUUCUCUGAUAUUGAGCAACGUGUUCAAAACUUCACUCUCAUCCGAAAGGGUUUUUGGGUCGUCGAACUCCUCGACUUCCCCCUCACAAUCACACCAGCCAAAAUCUCCCUACUCUUCUUCUACGUGCGCAUCUUCUACACCCGCAAAUUUAAAAUCUUCGCCUAUUUAGUGGGCUUUCCAGUUCUCGGUCUAGGCAUUGCAAUGUUCUUCCAGACGAUAUUCCAGUGCACGCCUAUCGACUAUAGCUGGAACAAAACGCCUGCUCAUGGAUCGUGUAUCAAUCAGAUGCUUGUCUAUGGUGUUAUAUCGCCGAUUAAUGUAUUCACGGGUAUUCUGCUCCUCGUGAUACCCAUGCCAGUUGUUUGGAAGCUGCAUGCACCCAGGGGGCAGAAGUUGGCGUUGACGGGCGUUUUCCUGCUAGGCGGAGUAGGAAUUGUGGCGAGUAUUCUACGGGUAGUCGUCUACUUGGCGGGCCCGGACUCUGAACUAUACAAUGGGACUUGGUUCUCCGUAAAACUAGGCAUCCUCACCAUCGUUGAUGGCGCCAUUCUCAUCAUCGCCCCCUGUCUCGUUAGCAUUCGGCCACUACUCAACGGGUUGUUCCAAGGGAGGAUGUGUUAUCCCGGAGCCCGCCAACAUCGACGCUGGUACAUAAAUAUGCAUACGCCUACGAAUACUCCUUGUGGAAGCAUUCAGAUACGAAGAAACAACAUUCUGGGCAGCUCACCUUCUGUGGCUGAUUUAGAAGAGCAGUGUCGGAGGCUUCCUGAUGAUAGUAGAGACUCGACACCACCCUCGGGUGAGACGGUGGUUAUAGAUCAUGAUUCAAAGGAUUAA